UGACUGCAGCAGCUCGAGCCCUUACCGCCGUGGUUAUGUGUGCGCUUGCGGAAAUAUAUUUUCAUCAUCAUUUACGUUUAGAUUUCUGAGAAAGAUAGGUCACGGCGGAGCCACAGACCCGCCGAGUCAUUCUGAUAAACUGUCAUCCGCUCCACUCAUCUACCGGCAAUUGGUCGAGCGGCGGUAGCGCCACGAGAGGUUGAUGAUCAUUGGGCGACAUCAGCUCCUUUGAAUUCGCGGACUCAAGAGCGCUUAGCGACCGAUAGACGCUGCCGCCAUCGCCGUUAAAACUGUAGCACGCGGGUGAGAGGGAGAGGAGAGAGGGAGAAUAAAAAGGAUAUCAAGGAUUUCACGGGUUGGAAAUGUAACAUUGUGUUUUUAAAAUUUUAUUUUAUUUUAUUUACAAAGCUCAUUCGGUAGCUGGAUAUCUACAGGAUGACCCUACCCAGAAGCCACAGAGCGGCAGAUCUUGUUCCCUCCCUGUAGAGCCCAGCACCUCCCUUUCCUCCCUCCCUGCAGCCUCCCCCUAACGCCCCUCUUCUCCUCCUCUGUCACUCCUCAUAACACAACCAGACCAUCUGAUCAGCCCGAUCAGGUCACUCCCCCCCCCCCCCAGACAGAUGCCAGUUCUCCUGAACGGAGACGCCUCCUUCAGCUCCAAGCAGGAGUUGCUGGACCUCCAGGACUGGCCCCCGUCCCAGGGAGCCUCCUCCCUGGACACCCCGAGCCCCGUGGACUCCCAGGCGGGCAGUCCCCUGGGCUCGGACCCCGAGAGCCCUGGAAGUCCCUCCGGAGAUGCAUCCUCCAAGGGAGCCAGGGGCCUCCUCAGCCAGCCCAGUCCUCCGGCAGGCCACCCGUACGGGCCGGCUGACCCUGACACGCCCCUGGGGGUGAAGUUCGUCCCGGAGGAGGCGGAGCAGCUAUGCGGCUGGGGCCGUCUGACCCCGCGGGCGGUGCAGGCCUUCAACACCCCGCGCUGGGUGCUGUUCUUCCUGUGCGUGGCCUCCUUCCUGCAGGGCAUGAUCGUCAACGGCUUCAUCAACACCGUGGUCACCUCCAUCGAGCGGCGCUUCGACCUGCGCAGCUACCAGGCCGGCCUGAUCGCCAGUUCCUAUGACAUCGCCGCCUGCGUCUGCCUGGCCUUCGUCAGCUACUUCGGGGGAACGGGGCACAGGCCUCGCUGGCUGGGCUGGGGCGUGCUGGUGAUGGCACUGGGCUCGCUGGUGUUCGCCCUGCCACACUUCACCACACCGGCCUAUCAGGUCAGCAAGAGGGAGGGGGCGGGGCUGUGCUCGGCCAACCGCAGCAGCCCCUGCCUGGGCCGCGAGGGACGCGGGCUCUCGGACUACCGCUACGUGUUCAUGCUGGGGCAGUUCCUGCACGGCGUGGGGGCCACGCCCCUCUACACGCUGGGGGUCACAUACCUGGACGAGAACGUCAAGUCCAGCUACGCACCUGUCUACAUAGGAAUCUUCUACACAGCGGCCAUCGUGGGUCCUGCAGCUGGUUACCUGCUGGGAGGCUACUUCCUCAACAUCUACACCGAGAUACACCAGAGGACAGAGCUGACUCCAGAGAACCCUCUGUGGGUGGGGGCGUGGUGGGUGGGCUUCCUGGCGGGGGGGGCGGCAGCUCUGCUCAUCGCCCUGCCCAUCCUGGGUUACCCACGGCAACUACCAGGUUAUCAGGAGUACCAGGCCAUGCGUGUGUCGGAGGCCCACCAGCUGAGGGAUGGCAGCCAGGUCACAGCCUCCGACCCCCAGUUUGGGAAGUCAGUCAAGGACAUGCCCAGGUCGGUGCUGCUGCUGCUGAAGAACCCUCCCUUCCUGUUCCUGUGUCUGGCGGGGGCGACCGAGGCCACGCUCAUCGCAGGCAUGUCCACCUUCGGACCCAAGUUCCUGGAGUCCCAGUUCAGCCUCAGUGCCUCUGAGGCAGCCACCUGGUUUGGUUACAUGGUGGUACCUGCUGGUGGGGGGGGCACCUUCCUGGGGGGCUACAUCGUCAAGAGGAUGAACCUGCGUUGCCGUGGCAUCAUCCGCUUCUGCAUGCUGUGUGCCCUGGUCAGCCUGCUGGCUGUCUUCAUCUUCCUUGUCCACUGUCCCAACGUGCCCAUGGCUGGGGUAACCGCGCCCUACCGCCCACCCCAGAACCCCCCCUACCAGGACCAGGGUAAUGACCCCCCCAGCUACACCCUGCCCACACACAGGACGUGGGUGGAAGGCAACCUGACAGCUGCAUGUAACUCAGGCUGCAGCUGUGUGCGGGAGCGCUACAACCCCGUGUGUGGAGCUGAUGGAGUCAUGUACUACUCCCCCUGCCACGCUGGCUGCACCGCCCUCAACCACACCGACCUCGCCACCGGCCGACAGGUGUUUUCCAGCUGCGGCUGUGUGGGGGGUAACGUGUCGUGGGAGGGGGAGGGGCUGGCGUCGGCAGGGAAGUGUAGCAGCACCUGCCACCACAUGCCAGCCUUCCUCAUCUUCCUCUUCCUGGUCAUCUCCUUCACCUUCCUCUGCUCCAUCCCCGCCCUCACCGCCACGCUCAGGUGUGUCCCAGACAGCCAGAGGUCCUUCGGUCUUGGCAUACAGUGGAUCGUGGUUCGGACUCUAGGUGGAAUCCCUGGCCCCAUCGCGUUCGGCUCUGUGAUCGACAUCUCGUGCCUGCUGUGGCAAGACCAGUGUGGGGAGCAGGGCUCCUGUUACCUGUACCACAACUCUGCCAUGAGCAGAUACACCCUCAUCGCUGGCAUCAUCUACAAGGUGUUGGGAACGGUCUUCUUCCUGUUGGCCAGUGUUCUCUACCAGCCCCCCCCGGAGUCCCCCCACAGCAGCUGUGACAGUACGGACCCAGGGGUGGGGGGAAGGGAGGGGGGGAGGGAGGGGGACGGGGAGGGGAGGAGGGAGGGGGGAGGGGACGGAGGGAAGGUGGGCGAAGACUGCAGUGACCUCCCCAUUAAGGACCACCCCCUGGACCACAUCAUCACCAAUGAACACGCCCGCUUAUGACCUCACACUGCAGCCUAGCGCAAGUGCUUGUGUGAAUGUGUGUGUGUGUGAAUGUGUGUGUGGAUGUGUAUGUGUGUGUGUGCACGCGCUAAGGAGAUCACUGUGUGUUGCCAUGGAGACGUCUGAGCCACUGUAAACAAACAGUUUUUCAAAAGAUGAUGUUCAGAGUGUCAGCCCUGGAUGGAGCCAGACUGAUAGUGGUCGGCAUGGUAACCCUCUCCUGUCAGAGGGCUCUGUGUGUGUGUGUGAUAAGCACUGUGUCCCAGCCUUGACUAUGAAGCAUGAGAAAUGUUGAGUAAAGUUCUGGCGUUUCUAACCCCCCCUGGACCUGUCAUUACCCUAGAUACAUUACUACUGGCCCUGUCAUUACCCUAGAUACAUUACUACUGGCCCUGUCAUUACCCUAGAUACAUUACUACUGGCCCUGUCAUUACCCUAGAUACAUUACUACUGGCCCUGUCAUUACCCUAGAUACAUUACUA